AUGGCGCAGAGCGAGAGAAAGAAACAGUUCGAGUUUUUUGGGGAGCCAAGGCUGUCAGGCUGUCUGAUCACAGAGGAAGGCUGUACUUUUCUGGCUUCAGCUCUGAGCUCCAACCCCUCCCAUCUGAGAGAGCUGGACCUGCGCUACAAUCAUCCAGGAGACUCAGGAAUGAAGCUGCUGUCACCUGGACUGAAGGAAACAGGCUGGAGACUGGACACUCUCAGGGUGGAGCCUGCUGGAGUCCGAUGGUUGAGACCAGGUCUGAGGAAGUAUUCCUGUCAACUCACAAUCGACACAAACACAGUACACAGAUAUCUCAAACUGUCUGACAACAACAGGAAGGUGACACAUGUGUGGGAAGCUCAGUCAUAUCCUGAUCAUCCAGACAGAUUUGAUUUUUUUUAUCAGCUGCUGUGUAGAAAUGGUCUGACUGGUCGCUGUUACUGGGAGGUCGAGUGGAAAGAAACAGUUGAGGUAUCAGUGAGUUACAGAAGCAUCAGAAGGAAAGGAAACAGUUUUGACUGUGUGUUUGGAUGGAAUGAUCAGUCCUGGAGUCUGUACUGCUGUGAUGAUGGUCCUGUUUAUGUCAUGCACAAUAACAGGCUAACACCCAUCUCCUCCUCCUCCUCCUCCUCCUCCUCCUCUGUCUCUAACAGAGCAGCAGUGUAUGUGGACUGUCCUGCUGGCACUCUGUCCUUCUACAGAGUCUCCUCUGACACUCUGAUCCACCUCCACACAUUCAACACCACAUUCACUCAACCUCUUUAUCCUGGGUUUGGGUUCAAUCCUGGUGCCUCAGUGUCCCUGUGCUGAGUGGAGUGUAAAGAGUGUCUCCUGUUAGAGAAACACUCUGACUGUUGAACAGAUAGUUCAGUCUGUACAUGUCUGUCUCUUUCACUCACAAACACGUUUUCAGAUUCAUGGAUUCAAUCAGUUGAUGUUUGAAACUCUUCUAAAUGAUUCCUUGUAAACUUCUUCCUCUUCAGUCCUUUAAAGAUGGAAGCUCCCAUUAUUCCAGGAUCCACAUGUUGUUUUCUGUCUUUUUCCCCUCAAAGCUUCACAGUGAAUCUCAGUAUGUUGUGUUUCUCUAAAGCUCAGUUCACAACCAGCUCCUCUGCAUUUUCAACAAGUAUGAGCUCAUUAAAAUGAAUCCAAAUGUUUGAUUUCUCUUUCUUAAUGGUAUGUUUCCAUCAUGGCUGUAUAAGUGGA